ACACAUCGCCUCCGCCGUUGUUGGGUGAACGGGGCCCAGCAUUGUCCUACUCUUCCCAGACACCUCUUGGAGAAGUGGACAUCAACAAUAAGGAGAGUCAGAAUCUGUUGAAUCUGCUGUAUACGAUAGCCGAGGACCAAGCCAGACAAGAGGGCUAUGUCCAUCGCGGCCUGACCUGUAACUCGUGUCACGUGGGUGUCAUCAGAGGAGUGCGAUACAAAUGCGCCAAUUGUGCCGACUUCGAUCUGUGCGAACUAUGUGAGACACACUUUCUGUGCAUUGAAAAAUGA